GGUGCACGUGGGAGGGGCCAGUCCAUCUCCUAAAGGCUAAACUCCGACAUAUUCGUGCCAGUCGGAGAUGAAAGUCUCAGGCGCACUGAUGGAUAAUUGAGGGAAAGAAAGAGAACUUGGAAAGGACUGUGACACUGUGCGCAACAGAAAGAAACGGUUGAGUUAAAUCAUUUUGGUUGGUAGUGGGACUUUGGAAGUUAGCCAGACGUCUGACAAAUUUGGAAGUGCGAGUUGUAAACAGAUCACAAUGUCUAAACGUGGAGAGGUGUCUGAGCUGGUCAGUUCCCUGGGGUGGCUAGGGGAGGACAUGAGCUCCCAGGAUGGAGAGGGAGGUCUAGAGAUGGGGGGCCGCUAUAGCCGGGGCCCUGAGGGCCUCGGAAGCAUUGGGCAGGGCAGCGAAGACAUUGAGGAUCAGGAGGAAGAAGACAUUUAUAAUGAUGGUGAUGAGGAGGCUGGAAUGGACGCAGAGAACGAGGCACCAAAACGGAGGGGCCCCAAGAAGAAGAAGAUGACCAGAGCCAGACAGGAGAGGUUCAAGGCGAGACGCAGCAAAGCCAAUGCCCGCGAACGCUCCCGCAUGCACGGGCUAAACGAUGCACUAGAAGUGUUACGUAAGGUCAUGCCCUGCUACUCCAAGACCCAGAAACUGUCCAAGAUCGAGACCCUGCGGCUGGCCCACAACUACAUCUGGGCCCUGUCUGAGGUGCUGGAGAGUGGUCAGUCCCCAGAGAGCCACGGCUUCAUAGAGAUUCUGUGUAAAGGCCUGUCCCAGCCCACUAGCAACCUGGUGGCUGGGUGUCUCCAGCUGGGGCCUUCAGCCCCCUUGAUGAUCAACAAGCUGGAUGAGAAGCCCUGUGGSGCUCUGGGAGUCGGGGGUGGUGUAGGGGGCCAGCCUUGUGGUCAUCAACCACUGAGUGGUCACUACCCCYCUACGGGCCUGCCUAGCCCUCCCUACGGUUCACUGGAGGCCUCCCACCUACUCCACAUGAAAAGCUUCAAGGGAGUGCCCUACGAGCAGCACCCCUCCCCUAAAGAUUGUAGUAGCAACGGCACCCCCCCUUACGACGGGCCCCUCACUCCUCCCCUCAGCAUCAGCAGCAACUUCAUCCUGAAGCAAGAGCCCUCCCCCCACGAGGCUGAGAGGAACUACCCCUCCCACUACCUCUCGUCCCUUCCCCAUUACCCCCCCUCCUCCCUGGGCGGGCUGCCAGGGCCUCAAGGCUACCUCUUCCAGGCCUCACGCUACGAACUGCCCCUAGACAUCCAGGCCUUCGACUCCUUCCCUCCACCACACAUGAUCGCCUCACAGAUGGGCACCAUCUACAGUGAGUGAAGGGGAAAGUGAAGCUGCGUGGCCAGGGGAGAGAUCCAUACAGAGCCCUGCCUCUGGUCCUGCAAUCCUGCUGCCCAUACGUAUAGGCCCGUGACUCUAUGAAUUACUGUGUAGAGAGACAAUGAUAUGACGUUUACACUGUCUGCUAUCUUACUCUGGGAGACUGUAGAAUGCUCAGAGAGAGACUCAACUCAACCUACCUGAUCAUAAAGAACUACUGGAAAGAUAAAGAUACACCCUUAAUAGUAUUAUUAAUUUAUUCUCAUUGUUUAUUGUUUGUAUUGUCAUUUCUUUCUGUCUGGUUUAGUCCUCCCCCAGUUCCUAUUAUAGGCUAUGUAGCUAUAUUACUUGUUAUUGUUUACCAAAUCAGAUAUCCAGGUAUACGCACUGACUGCACACUGUCUCAGAUAUCCAUGACCAGGGAUCUCCACUAAAUGGCUCUACACAGUCUACGCAAACAGAGCCUACUGAGGUCCGUUUGCGUCGCAUUCCAAAAAUUCUGCUAAAUAAAUGUAUGUAGAACUAGGUAGAGAGCAAGACUGUGUAGACCCCUUAAAACCUAGGAGUACUUGGGUAGAAAGUUCUCAGUGUGCCUGAAGAUGGGGAGGAAGUGACACAAUGUUGUUCUACCCUCAUUUACUAUAACUUCUGCACUUAGGCCAAUACUGUAGCCAGUAUCCUAUUAGCUGUAUGAACAGAAAUGAAUUUAAUUUAUAUCUGUAUUUAAUAUUUAUUUUUGUAUAACUAUUGUCUGUUCCUUUUUGCAUUUUCUCAGCACUGUUUUUUGUUUUACUGUCUCCUUCGUGCAGUGCAUUGUCAGUCACUGGCAGCUUUACUGAUGAAGUAUUACAAUUAUUUAUUUGAAGUAUCUUUCAGGUAUUUCUCAGUUUUGGUGUCGAUCACAACUUUGUCAUACAAUUUUUGUAAAUAUUUUGCUGUUUCGCACUUAAUUGAAUAAAUAUUCGUAUUAUAUACUA